UUCAAGAAGCAGUUUUACAAAGCCAGCCAGAUGGUAAGUGAGAAAGUCGGAGGUGCUGAAGGAACGAAACUAGAUGAGGACUUCAAAGACUUGGAACGGGUAAGAUGGGCAUCUUGUUGUGGUCUGAAAAGAGCAACAUCUCCCUUCCAAAGCCGUCGGUUUGACACACAGUAAACACACGUACUGCUGCUUCUGUGGGACAUCGGGUCUGAAUGUUUACACCCCAUUUAUAGCCAUAUACCCACAUUUUAAAAUGGGCACUGUUGCCUCACAACAAGAAGGUCCCUCCCACCACCAACACCUGGAUUUCCUUCGGUGGGGUGCGCGUUAAAGCCAAUGCCCAAAUCAUCAUGACAUCAUAAAAUCUGAUUGACGCACCAGAUCUGUCGGGUCACCAACUAGAUUGAAAAGCCAGAAUAAUUUAAUACAUUUUCCAUGAAUGAAAUGUCUGUUCCACUUCUGUCCAUCCUGGGAGAGGGAUUCAUAUUAUCUUCAUUUAAAGGGGACCAUGUACAGUUAAAACAUAAAUGUCACCAUUUGAUGCACUUUACCAGAUUUUAGCUUCAGCUAAUUUGCAUCUGUAGUCCCUUGACGGACCAUAACAAACAUAAACUAUUAAACAAUAACAAAUAGUACAGGAUAUAUACACACAAUGCAAAGCUACAACUUAUUAAAAUCCCUCCUCUGUGUCUCUCCCUGAGGUUUCUUCCCUGGUAAAAGGCUUUUCCUGCACCGAUGUGAGGGUCCUCGGACACAGGAGCCCAAAGUCGAUGUGACCAGUAAAGCGGUCGUGGAGGUAAUCUCCAAAACAUCAGAAUACCUGCAGCCCAAUCCAGCAUCGCGGGCCAAACUGUCCAUGUUGAACACCAUGUCAAAGAUCCGGGGUCAGGUGAAGAACCCCGGCUACCCUCAGGCGGAGGGGCUGCUCGGGGAAUGUAUGGGCAAGUAUGGACGGGACCUCGGAGAGGACACUAACUUUGGCGGAGCGCUGGUCGAUGUUGGAGAGUCCAUGAAGAGAUUGGCAGAAGUCAAGGACUCUCUGGAUAUCGACGUCAAACAGAACUUCAUUGAUCCACUGCAAGGGCUCUGUGACAAGGACCUCCGAGAGAUACAGCAUCAUUUGAAGAAGCUGGAAGGCCGCCGCUUGGACUACGAUUACAAGAAAAAGCGCCAGGGCAAGAUCCCAGAUGAAGAGCUCCGACAGGCCCUCGAGAAGUUCCACGAGUCAAAGGAAGUGGCCGAGACGAGCAUGUACAACCUGCUGGAGACUGACAUAGAGCAGGUGAGCCAGCUCUCAUCCCUGGUGGAGUCCCAGCUGCAGUAUCACAAACAGGCCGUGCAGGUGCUGGAGGAGCUUUCUGUAAAACUUAAAGACAGGAUGCGUGACGCGACGACGCGACCACGGCGUGAAUACACACCCAAACCCAAACCCAUCUAUGACUUCGGAGACGACAACCAUUCAAAAAACGGCUACGCAACCUCAAUGGCCCCUCCCCCUUCACGCAACUCUGCCCCGGAGCAGCCGUGCUGUAAGGCGCUUUACGACUUUGAUCCAGAGAACGAGGGAGAGCUGGGCUUCCGAGAGGGCGACGUCAUCACCCUGACCAAUCAGAUCGACGAGAACUGGUACGAGGGCACGCUGAACAGCCAGUCGGGAUUCUUCCCCCUCAACUACGUGGAGGUCCUUGUUGCGUUGCCACACUAAUAUAUAUAUAUAUAUAUAUAUAUAGAGGGCAAAGGAGGAGACUGAUGGAGAGGAGGAGGAGAGAGCAAGUAGAGUUAGAGAGGGCGGAAAGCGAAGCCACGGGCCGCUCCGCAGAAUAUUCCUGUUCACCUUCCGCUCCGACGUCACCAUCGCAGACGAGCACUUUUUUCCCGGAGAAGAAGUCCAGACCAGAAUUUCAACCCGUUUCCACCCAAAGGUAAAACAAAAUCUCGAGAUGGACACGAAAUGGCGUCACCCGUUAUCUGGCAGUCGCAAACAUUUCCCGAGGACCAACUGUUGACACAUUUACAAGCCUUGUUUGCCUUUUUUUUUAAUUGCAAAUUACUGAUCUCCUAAAUAUGACUUGUAUGAAAUCUGGUGAUUAUGAUGGGGUGCCACAUUUCGUAUUGUCCGUUUGGUGUGAACGCCAUGUGGAACUUGACUGAAUAUUAUCCUCAUUUCAAGUCUGAAAACAUUGUGCCCCUUAAAUACUCGAGCUCGUCUCUUGAUGCCACCUGCUGGUGAGAUUGAGAACUACUUUUACUGAAACUUAAACUACACACGACUAGAGAUGUAGUUUCACUAAUUAUCUCAACAUUUUUUUUAAAAUCAUUAUAAUGAGAAAUGAGACCAAAUUAGUGCCAGAUUCAGGUUUACUAUUUGUAAUGCUCUUUUCAAAGAUCUAUCUCUAAGCUGUGCUGAUGGCUUCAGACACUGGUGUCCUAAAAAUGUUUCAGUAUGCGAGUCUCAGUUUUUUUUAAAAAGUAGAACUGCUUUCGGAAUAUGUGAGAAGAUGAUUUGAAAUUGCACCUUGGUCCUCAAAUGAGAUUUGUGUGUGUGUGUGUGUGUGUGUGUGUGAGACAGACCUACUCCACCAUAACACACAGACCCAAAGUUAAAUGCAGACGUUGCACCUGUUUGUCACUCAAGGGAGGCGUGUGUUUGUUGUUUCGAGGUUGUCUGUUCGAGAGGAGGCGGAGCCAAAAAAGUCUUUAUGAAAUGCAAUAGAAGCAUCUCUCGUGGUGCGCCUGUUCGUCAAACUAAGUAUUCUGUAACAUAGCCAUAUAUUCAUUUAGUUUAAGGCCUGCAUGUUCAGCCUUUUCCUUUUGUGGGGUCUUUUGACCCGUUCUAGGCGAAUAGAUGACGCUGCUGGUCAGCCUUUCAUAUUCAUCAAUGAGUAUCCCACUAUUUCUGUCUGCCCUUGUGUCUUUUUGAGAAUGUCGAACUCCGCUUUGAAACGUAUUCCAACCCUGCGUGAUGUUGAUGAUUCGCCAUGGCUCCGACUCGGUGCGUUUGUCGGAGCGUCGGGCCGAUGCAGACGGCCGUCGUUCCUGUUCACGCGAUCUGUUACGACGAGGCUGGUUUCUUGUUCUGGAUUCAGCCACAGCCCUCACCAGCAGGUGGAGUCUGAUCCGACAUACAGUGUACAGCAUGAGAGGAAAGACCUGGGGUGAAAGGGAACAACAUCAAGAGACGGCAUCA